AUAAAAACGAAAUCGGAUUAAAAAUCUUCAUAUUGGAUAAUCUGAUCAAAUAUUCACCAUGAAAGUAGUGUUUGUUUUCGCCGCCGUUUUGGCCGUAGCUUUGGCUGCCCCACAGAGAAACCCCGAAGCUGAUGCUCAGGUGCUCAGAAAUGACUUGGAUAAUAUUGGAGUCGAUGGAUAUAGCUACGCGUACGAAACCAGCAACAGGAUUGCGGCACAGGAACAAGGACAAUUGAUAAACCCUGGUACCGAUGCUGAGUCAAUUGCUGUACGUGGAUCCUUCCAAUACGUCGGACCUGAUGGUCAAACCUACCAAGUCACCUACAUCGCUGACGACAACGGAUUCCAACCACAAGGCGCCCACUUACCUCAAUAAUUGUUUAGUUUGUAGUUAUUUAUAAAAAAUAAUAAAAUUAAAAAAAAUUAAAACAGCUUUUC